GUGCAGCAGCACCUGGACAGAUUUGCUUAGUGCAAGGCAGUAGGUUGCCGGCACAGUGCACGGGCCGUUGCCUCCGCACCCGUGCGCGAGAUCCAUCGUCCACCUCUCGCUCACAUAUUAGGCGGAACCGCCGUCAUCGCGCUGGAGAACGAGAGCAUCAGUUCUCCUCUUCCAAUUAACUACCCUACCCCUUCAAGUGGACAACAUAAGCCUUGUGCUGGAGGUCAUCCCUUCCCCCGCGCACAACAUGGGAGCAGCGACAAGCUCACUAGGGCCGAUGAGCGUCCCGGCAAUUGCGGUCCUUUUUGGAAUCUACAUCCUGGGGCUGGAUAGCAUGUACGGCUUGGUUGCUCGCAACGGAUACAUCGAUGCACUCAUCGACUUACGACACAAUGGUCCGCAGUACCUGCCAGGGUCCACCAACCCAGUCCUCACUCACUUCACCGGAAUCGCGCUAUUGGACAAACUGCUCACCUUGGCCGGCGUCAUGUUUGCCAAUGUGACAGACGGAUCGGCUCCGCAACUUUCCCUGUAUGGGUUCUACUUCGCGGGCCAGCUUGUAAGCAUCUUCACCGUCAUUGCCAUUGAAGGCAUGCGAGAGGGCAACCAAGGAGGAAUCAUGGCACUUUACCCUCUAUGGGGAUGUGCCAUGCAGGGCCUGGGUUACGGAUUCACGAUGCCUUUGUGGGGCAUUGCGCACUUACUACGUUCCAAGACGGCCCGGAAGCCCCGCCGAACUGUUGCCAAAGCUAUCAAGAUUACCGACCUUCAGUCCCUCGAAACACUACCAACGGCACUCAUACUAGGCUACUUCAUUCCAACCCUGGUCAUGGUUGUCCCCGUUCCGUCCAAUACCCUCCAUCAAUGGCUGGGCGGUCUCUAGCAGGGAUUUCCCGUGUGGGUUGCAUUCAUCCAGCUAGCCAGCCGUAAGAUGCGCCAGCUUCGCGGGGAGACAUCGCCGCUCGACGACCGAAUGGAGAAUCGCUCCUUCCUACGUCGCGCAUACUUGUUCGCGUUUGCCUCAACCAGCAUCUCGCACGUGGCAACUUUCGCAACAAUAGCUGCUCGGAACCUCUUUCCCCCGCUAUUUUCCCCCCUGGCACAGGAAACCUUGACCCUUAACCAGGUUUUUCUACCUCCCUACUUUCGCGCUCCU